AGGGGAGGAGUGGACGGCUGGGUGCUGCGGGAAUGCGGGUGGGUGAAGGCUGGUGGAGGGAACCAGUGCGGGCACCCUCUCGGUCCUGCUAUAACGCUGGAUGUGAUUAAUCUGGAACCUCCUAGUUUAAAAGAAAAGAAAAGCCAAUUAUUAUCAUUUUAAAAUGCAGAGAAGACAAAGAGGGAUAAAUGCUGGGCUUUUGCUUUUGUUUGCCCAACUUUUUCAAUUUGGGGUUCAUAAUAUCCCACCUGUAACUUUGGCAGCACUUGGGUUAAAUAUUUUCCUCUUCUUAAACCCUUUCAAGCCAUUAUUGGAAGUUUGCAUUAGUGUACGUGAUGGUUAUUAUGGCAGGGAUUGGCAACGUUUCCUUCUCUCUCCAUUCCACCACGCAGAUGACUGGCACCUAUAUUUCAACAUGGUAUCCUUGUUAUGGAAAGGUGCAAAACUGGAGCGCAAGCUAGGCAGUGGACUUUUUGCUACAAUUAUAAUUGUAUUUUCUCAGUUGAUUGGAGUGGUCUAUGUCAUUUUGGAAUAUGGCUUGGCAGAAUUCACAGGUGAUCCCUCCUAUAAGAUGCAGUGCGCAGUGGGAUUCUCAGGUGUAUUAUUUGCUUUGAAAGUGCUCAACAACUAUUAUCACCCAGGAGGUUCUUCGAAUGUAUUUGGCAUCCUGAUACCUAAUAAAUAUGCUUGCUGGGCUGAGCUGGUAGCAAUUCACUUGCUUUCCCCAGGGACCUCUUUUGUUGGACAUCUCUCUGGUAUCUUAGUUGGACUGCUCUAUACCCAAGGGCCUCUUAAGAAAAUCCUGAUAAGUACAGCUUCUUUCUCAAAUGGCCCUUCUUCCACUCAGAGAAACUUCAGUUAUUCUGGCUACUCUGGCUAUGCAGAUGAUUCAUACCAGCAGCACAGUUCUUCAAGGAGUUACGAUCUUUACACAGGAGGCUUUGAUGAAGAUGAACAAUUACAGCAAGCCAUAAGGGAAAGUCUCCAUGAAAGAGAUGGGCACAGAAGGCCCCAACAGAAUGCUCCCUGGUCAUCAGCAGAACAACUUUCUGUAGAAGAAAUUAGGAGACGGAGGUUGAACCGGUUUUAAAGACAGAGCCCAAACCAUCCUACAAACAUUAUUGCACUGGUUUUAUAGCCCUUACUGACAAAUGUUUCCAACCAGCAACUUUUUAAUACUUAUUUUUUUAUAUCUUUAAGCAAAAGUCUGUGUCUUCACACAUACAUGCACAUUUACAUCACUGCUCUAAUACACAGUUUCAAAUAAUGCAUUUUGUUAUCCAUGUCCUGUGCCCCAAUUUGGGGGGCCAGGGAGGUCCCUGGUGCAUAGCAAGGAGAUCCUUAUGAUUACGAAGCCCAUACAUGGGGGGUUCUGCACAUUACAUUGGCCAUAAUAUGCAUUUUUUGUGUAGAAAUGUGUGCACCGGCUUCCAUGGUGUGAAACUACUAAACUUGCUAGAUUGCUGUAGUACAAGGUUUAAUUAAUGAAAGUAUUUUAUAGAGUUCCCAGAGUGUAACUUUGUUUACUUGCUUGACCUUCUGAAUGAGAGGAACCAUCCGCCAUCUGCUCUUCGCUUGGAUCUCACAAGUGCAAUAAGAGGUACCAGGGGACCUUUCUCAUAGGCCUUUCUGUUUAACAAUGCUAUAUCCUGUACAGAGUCAUAUCAUUUUCAAUGUUUCUGUAUCACUUUAUUGUAUUCAUUUUAAAUAUUUGGUGCCUUAACAGCUUUUGAAAAAUCCAUAUUUUUGAUAAAAUAUAGUCUUUGUUUUUAUAGUUAA